GCUCAUGUCACAGCAACUAAUAAAUUCAUGGAUCUGAAAGGAACCCAGCUUCUACUUUUGUUCUUUGUUUUUCUGUGUGCUCAAGGGAGAAAACUCAAUGGAGAUUCUAUCCCGGGCUGCAUAUUGAUUGAAAGGAAUGCUCUUCUUGGGUUCAAAGAAGGCCUCAAAGAUCCCUCCAAUAGGCUAUCUUCUUGGGUGGGUGACGACUGCUGCACGUGGGAAGGCGUGGCUUGUGACAAUCGGACUGGCCAUGUUGUCAAGCUAGAUCUCCGCAACCCACACCCAUUCUCGUUCAUCGACUAUCCUCCAAACAACAACUGGUCCUUGGGAGGUGAGUUAAGGCCUUCCUUGCUUGGUCUGAAACACCUGAAUUAUCUUGAUCUGAGCAUGAACUACUUUGGAGGAAUUCGUAUCCCAGAAUUCAUGGGCUCAUUCCGGCAGCUCAAAUAUCUUAACCUCUCCAACGCCGGUCUGGGUGGAUUGAUCCCACACCAUCUUGGGAAUCUAUCGAGCCUUCAAUAUCUUGAUCUCGUCAAUGAUCUUGAUCUCAGCAUUGAUAAUGCCCUUUGGAUUUCUCAUCUUUCUUCUCUGCGAUAUCUCGAUAUGACAGAUGUGAAAUUCAGAGAAGAUGCUCAUUGGCUGCAAGCACUAAACAUGCUCCCUUCUAUUGUUGAGGUACGCCUAUUUGGUUGUCAAAUCAACACCAUUCCGCUCUCUCUUCCACAUGUGAAUUUUACUUCACUUUCUGUUCUUGAUCUUGCUUUUAAUUCCUUUAAUACGACGAUACCUGGUUGGUUGUUCAACAUAAGCAGCCUCGAGUACCUUAAUCUCAGCUUCAAUUUUAAUAUUCGGGUCAUCAUUCCACCUACAAUUAAGAAUCUAGCUUCGCUCAAGUUCCUUGAUUUAUCCGAUAAUUUGUUUCUUGAUAGCAGAAUUCCAACUGCACUUGGGGGUCUGUGUAAGCUGCAGCAUUUUGGAUUGUCAUACUCUAAUAUAAACAAAAAUUUGCAUGAAUUUGAUGAAGUGUUUACUGGAUGCAUCAAGAACAGCUUAGAGACUCUGAAAAUGUCACACGCCUUGCUCAGUGGUUGUUUGCCCGACUUGUUGGGGGACUUCAGAAUGCUCAAAUCUCUCGAUUUGAGUUCCAACUCAAUUUUUGGUCCUCUUCCUGCAUCAAUUGGAAGACUGUCAGUACUUGAAAGAUUAGAUCUUUCCAAUAAUAAGCUGAAUGGGACUAUCCCAGAAAGUCUUGGAAGGCUUGCGGAGCUAGAUUCAUUAGACCUCAGCUCGAAUCUUUUGGAUGGUGUAAUGUCUGAAGAACACUUUGCCUAUCUCACCAAACUGAACAAUCUAGCUUUGUCGCAAAAUCAAUUAGUUUUGAAUUUGGGGUCUGAUUGGAUGCCCCCUUUUCAGCUUCAAACAUUAAAAAUUGAUUUUUGCAAGCUGGGACCACAAUUUCCAGCAUGGCUCUGGAUGCAAGAAAAUAUUUCCUAUCUAGACAUGUCUAGCACAGAGAUUUCAGACACUAUGCCAGUUUGGUUUUGGAAGUCAUUUUCCCAUAUAUUUCACUUGGAUAUCUCUAGCAAUGGAAUUACCGGUGGUCUACCUGAUCUAAGAGACUUCAUCAAUCUUGGAUAUUUGAAUUUGAGUUCUAACUACUUUGAGGGUCCUUUGCCAAAUUUUUCUUCCACUGUGGGGGUGGUGGACCUAUCAAACAACUCAUUUUUAGGAGUGAUUCAUCCUGGCAUUGGAAAAAGUUUGCCUUCUUUGCAAUAUCUAUCCCUUUCCACAAAUAAUUUAAGUGGUGAAAUUCCCUCGUCUCUUUGUCAGCCCGAAGUGAUGGUUCUUGACCUUUCAAAAAACCACUUGUUGGGUGAGCUCCCUGAUUGCUGGGACCACUCUUCCUCUAUCACUGUUAUGGAUUUUUCAAGCAACACUUUAUCUGGAAGUAUUCCUUCGUCAAUCUGUUCAUCACCAACUCUCGAGUCAUUGCAUUUGAAUAAUAAUAAGCUAUCAGGAGAACUCCCUUUAUCGUUGAAGAGUUGUGUGAGUCUAAAUACUCUUGAUCUUGGAGAAAAUGGAUUUACUGGUACAAUACCUACUUGGAUAGGAGAAAGUUUGUCAUCUUUGAAGAUCCUUAGCUUACGAUCAAACAAGCUUGUUGGAAAUAUUCCUCUUAAUCUAUCAAGAUUGAGUGCUCUUCAAAUCCUGGAUCUGGCUCAUAAUGGUUUAUCGGGAACCAUUCCUUCAAGCUUUGGGAACUUCAGUGCCAUGAAAGUUUCAGGGGAGAUGUAUGCAACCAUUCUAAGAAAUGAUGAUGGUUAUCAUGAAAACAUGCAAGUGAUCAUAAAAGGAAAGGAUGUUAAGUAUAUCAUAUUGCUUCCACUUGUGAUCAUUAUGGACCUUUCAGAAAAUAAUCUGUCUGGAAUGAUACCAGAAGAAUUGACCAGUCUUUUUGGACUCGUGAGCUUAAACUUGUCUGGAAAUCAUCUAACAGGAGAGAUUACAGAAAAGAUCAGUGCGUUGCGACAGUUGGAGUCACUUGACUUAUCAAGAAACAACCUUUCUGGUGGAAUUCCUUCGAGUAUAAUAACCCUAACUUUUUUGAGUUACUUGAACUUAUCAUAUAACAAUUUGUUAGGAAGAGUUCCAUCUGGUGAUCAGCUUCAAACCCUCAUUGAUCCAUCUAUCUAUGCUGGCAAUCCUGGUCUUUGUGGGUUCCCAUUAACUCAAAAAUGCCAAGAUGACAAGACAAACCAAGGUCCAAAUGUUGUUGAAGGGGAUGAACAAAAUGAUAAUGCCAUAGAUGAAGAAGGAUCUGAAAUGAAGUGGCUGUAUCUGAGCAUGGGGCCAGGAUUCUCAGUAGGUUUCUGGGCUAUUUUUGGUCCAUUAUUGUUCAACAAAAAAUGGAGAGAAGCCUAUUUUCAACUUAUAGAUCAAGUGUAUGAUGUAGUUUGUAUGGCCCUACUAGUGAUUUUCACUAGGUUUAGAAAACACAAUGUUCCAACAUGA